AUGGGAAAAGAUAAAAUAACAUUUAAUGUUGGAGACAUGGUAUUUGCCAAAGUCAGAGGUUAUCCAGCUUGGCCUGCCAGAAUAUCUUCAGUAGCUGAUGCCAGACCUGCUAAUUUAAAAUAUAAUGUAUACUUUUUUGGAACUGCAGAAACUGCUGCCGUUUUGGCCAAAGAUAUUUGCCCCUUUGCAGAAAAUAAAGAAAAAUUGGGAAAGUCUGUAAAAAGAAAAUUUUUUAAAGAAGGUUUAGAAGAAAUCGAAAGGGAAAUAAAAAAAAUUGAAAACGGAGAAGAAUCUACAUUAGGGUUGUGGACCUCAGGGGAUCCUCCUGAGUUAAUCGUCAAGCGAAAUAUAAAAAAAGCAAAGAAAAGUGAAGAUAGCAUACAAGAAAUAAAAGAAGAUGAUACACAAGGUGCAAAAUCGAAACAGUCGAAACGAAAAAGAGAUACAGAAGAUACUGAAGGAGAUAUAGAUUCAAAGAAAAGACGAAUAAUAUCACAUGAAAAAGAAGAAACUAGCAAUAUAAGUCGGUCAGGUCGAAUAAUCAAACCUAAAAAGUUUUUGUAUGAUGAAGAUGGAGAAGAUGCAGAUUCAAAAGCAAAACCAAAAAUGCCGACAUUUUCUUCGCCUCCUCCAACUCAAAUAUCUUCACCUCCAGCAGCACCUCCAGAAAUAAAAAAGGAAAAUACUAUUAAAAAACCAUCGCCAAAGGAAUUGAGCAAAUCUCCUGUAAAGACAGCUUCCUCUCCUAGAAAUAGAGAAAUGGGUAGAAUAAUGUGGGCAAAAACCAAAUGUGGACAAAUGGUACAAAUCAAAUUAGAUUAUGAUAGACCAGCUCAAUUUAAGGACGACAGAUCACGAUUAAUGUGGGAAAGAGCAACAGAUAUAAAUGCGAAAAGACUCAAAGCAGAAAUAGAAUCUGGUGAAAUAUCAAGAGAUGAUAUCAAAUUACAAUUGAGGCCCACAGAAGAAGAAAAAGCUAAAAUGACUGAGGAGCAAUUAAAUAAAAUUAAAAAGCUAAGAAUAAUUGAAAGGAAACGUGGUAAAUUAAGGUGGUUAAAAUUAGAAACCCGAUUGGUUGAUAUAGAUGUAUUAAUAAAAACAAGUCUACAAAAAGCCAAAGUUGAUGUAGACAAAGCUUUAUCAUUGAUGGAUGAAUUAAUCAAUAUGCCAUUAGAUCCACUUAUGUUAAAAAAACAUCCUCAGGUUGUGGAUACUACAAAAAAGCUUCGUCAAUACGUAGGAAAUUUGGCCGAAUGGAAAUUAUCAACCGAAGAAAAAGCAGAUUUUGAAGCAAAAGCGCAUAAAAUUAGGCAAAAAGCAAAUAUAUUAUUCAAUAAAUACACUGCUUUAUUUGCAGUUCCAGAAAACAGUAAUUUUUGGAAUAUAUUUUUGGAUUCUGUUAACGAAUUUGCUAAAUUAACCGAGGAUAUGCCGAGGGAACGUGUUUUUGGUCUAAUCGUCGAUCCUACAUCUCCUUAUUUUAAAGAUGUUUGUCGAGAUGAAAAAGAAGAAGAAGAAUUUAAACUUAAAUUAAAAGAAACUAAAGAUGAGGUAGAUUCCGAACCGAAAUUAAGCGAAGAUGAAGAAAAAAUGGAUGUCAUAAACAGAUUAAACUACAUGGAAGAUGAUAAUUUUUGUAAUUUAUUGCAACAAUAA